CGCGGCCGGGCCAAUGAGAGACGGACGGCUGCGCAGUCGUUACUGCGCACCUGGCCUAUGGGGACGUAGCUGUGGCGUACAGAAGACUCGGGCUCGAACGCUUGAAAGAUGUGCAAAGAUUUUUGUUAAAAUCGUGCGAGGUGCUCGAUGAGUAUUUUGUCGAUUGCUGUGUGAUAAAGCGCGGAUCGGGGACGGCGACUGGCACGAACGAUAACGAUUUCGCCGUGGAGUCGGUCGCGCGUCGGUUAUUCCGGGGAAAAGUGUCGUGCGUACGCGCGUUACCUCUUUCGUCAAUGAGUAGUUCCGUGAUGCGCGACGUACGAUUCGCAAAAGCGUUUGAAUACCAGACCCGCAGCUGUCGUAAGCGUUUCUUUUCGCUCGCGGCGAGACGGCUCUUCGCGUAAGGAAGCCUCGAGACGUGCCACUGUCGUGUCCACGGUGUAUUUCAAAGUGCGAAAAGUGGUAACUAUUAAAGUGUGACUCUCGUGCCUCGCAGUGAUAACAUAGUUCGGCGCGCCAUUUAAAUUACGCUUUUUCGGCAAGCGCGUCGCAAGCAUUUUCGCGUGAUAAGACGUUACCUGCACUUUUGCGAACGGAGAAUUUCAAUUCCUCCGAAUUAUGUAACUGGUAACCACGCGAUAUGCCCAUGACAAACACUAUGUCUGCUAGAAUGGAAGAGGAAAUAGUAGUAGAUGAUAUAGAUGAGAAUAGUGUUGUGGAGACGCAGCAGACGGAUGAUCCAACAACAUCCGUAAUGCCUUUGCUGUAUAUUCAACAAAAUAAAUUACGUUCUAAUCAAUCAGCAAAUGCAAAUCAAACCCUCGUUUCACCGAGUACACAGCUUGCUGCUAUCAUUAAUCCAGUUAAUAAUCAGCUCAUGACUGGGCAAAACAAGGUAUUUAUACAAGGCCCCAGUCAAGUAGCCACAUCUCAGAGCAAACAACAUAUUGUAAUUCAUCGACCAAUAAAUACUGUGAGCACUGCAGCAACCCCGCAGGCUCAAAAACAUAUAUUACUUAGAAAAUCGAAUACGUCUACUGCUCAGAUAGUACCCUUGAAUACAAAUCAGGGAAGUCAAACCAAUGCGCAAGUAGGGAAGCACACGUUCGCUUACCUGGGCACCCUCAUUAAACCUAACAAGUCCCGGGAAUCUGUCGUUAUUCCUGCAGGGGCUUUAACAACGACACAAAUCACUAAGCCAAAAUUAGUAAUCGCUCCAGUAAUAUCUCAACUAGCUCAGACAUCGACGAGUACCACAAGCGGUUCUCAGAGCCAACCACCUAAGCACAUGACGAACUUACUACUGCCAGUGAACAUUCCCCAACAGAGUGGUACCGCAAAGUCUAGCAUGUUCAAUUUAAAAAUUAAUAAUGGUCAGCUUAGCACAGAAAGCAAAGGAACAAUUACAGUGUUACGCGAGUCGAAGACGACAAAUUCGGCGACGCAUCCCCCGCCGUUGCAUCCGAUAGCGAAAAUGAGUCUAUUAAAUGCAAACAAGGGUAAUUCGAAUUCCAUAGACAGUAUAAAGAUUACUGAAAAUCCGGACUCGGCUGUUAUCACGCCUAUUCCGAAAAAAGAAGACAGUCAGCCGGAAAAGCGGAAAAAGACGAUUAGCAAUAUAUUACGAGGUUCCAGCGAGAAACGGAUGAAGAAGCAGAGUAUUCCGAAAUCUCCGCAGGAUAGUUUGGCUGAUACGAAUUAUGCGUUGAGCAGUCCAGAGUCCGAACAGGACAAAGAUAAGAAGGCUCAAACUGACGACGACAUUACACUGAUAAAAGUUGUCCCUAGCGAGGACAAGAUUGCGAAACUCAAUACAAGCAUGGAUGAUGAUAUAAAAAUAGAAAUAAUCAAGACGAAUUGCAGUACAGAAACCGGGGCGGACAAUAAGAACGAAGCAAAGAGUAAUAAUUAUGACGAAACGAAAGAACACCUGAAUACGCUGAAUCAAAAUAAUACCAGCUUCGACGCGACUAAAGUCCUAGACUGGAAGGACGGUGUUGGUACCUUACCUGGAAGUAAUUUACAAUUUCGUAUGAACGAGUUUGGUAUUAUGGAGGUGGUGGACGAAGAUGAAGGUAGCAAGCAGAAUAAAGAUGGCAUUGGCGACAAAGAAAACGUGUGCUUGACACAAAUUUCAUCGAAAUCCAAUCCAGGAACUGUUAAUAAUGCUGUUAAUAAUGCUAAUGUGGAAAGGAAGACUGAGGAAAGAAAGUCUAGAUCAAUAUCCGGUGACACGAUGUAUCACUGUGAAGCUUGUGGAUGUUACGGUUUGGCUGCUGAAUUCGAGAAUCCGAUAUCAUGCAGUCCUUCCUGCACGGAAAUAAUUGAGGCCAGGAAACAGCCUGCAGGUCGAAAGGACAAGGAUCUCAAGGACGUACGCGUGAAAAAGAAGCGUAAGAGGUUAUUGCAGGAAGCGCAAUGGUCGAAAGAGAUGGAUGAGAAGUCUGACGAGAAGACGCAGGACAAGGCGAAAUCAGAAACAGACGAGGAGAAAGACACGAUCGUUGGUAUAGACGACGAGAGCCAAGGAGAUUCAUUGGAAUCGAAGUUGUCGUUCUACACGCAGUAUCCUUGGCAGAGGGGAAAAUUGGGCUUCUCGUGGCCGAAGUACCUCGAACAUUGCAAGGCGAAGGCAGCACCUGUCAAGCUAUUCAAGGAUCCCUUCCCUUACAGCAAAAAUCAUUUUCGAGUUGGAAUGAAAUUGGAGGGUAUAGACCCAGAUCAUCCCUCCCGAUACUGUGUUCUGACUAUUGUGGAAGCUGUGGGUUAUCGGAUGCGCUUGCAUUUCGACGGUUAUCCGGAAAAUUACGAUUUCUGGUUGAAUGCAGACAGCAUGAAUAUAUUUCCUGCGGGUUGGGCUGAGAAAAAUGGCAAGAAAUUAGAUCCCCCAAAGGGCUACGUGACCGGUAAUUUCAAUUGGAAUGCAUACCUGAAGAUCUGCAAAGCGACCGCGGCGGCGAAAAACAUAUUCCCGAACAAGAGCGUGCUGCAAACUGUCUUUCCGACUGGUUUUCGGGUGGGCAUGAAAUUGGAAGCGAUAGAUAGGAAGCACUCCUCGUUGCUUUGCGUCGCCAGCAUAGCGGGCUUAAUGGACUCCCGAAUACUGGUGCACUUUGAUUCUUGGGACGAAGUGUACGACUACUGGGCCGACGCGAGUUCACCGUACAUUCAUCCUGUAGGAUGGUCUCAUCACAAUGGCCGUCUCCUGGUGCCACCGAAUAAUUAUAAAGACUCCAAAUCUUUUACUUGGGACGCCUAUCUGAGAGAAACUGGAACGACAGCCGCACCGGCCCGAGCGUUCAAGCAGCGGCCACCGUGCGCGUUCAAACGUGGCAUGAAGCUGGAAGCGGUGGACAAACGAGUCCCUCAAUUGAUCCGAGUGGCAACGGUCGAGGACGUGAAGGAUCACACAUUAAAGAUCAGAUUCGAUGGUUGGCCGGAGUCGCAUGCCUACUGGGUCGACGACGAUUCAUCCGCUAUUCAUCCCGUGGGUUGGUGUGCGAAAACUGGCCACCCAUUGGAACCGCCACUGACGCCCGACAAUCUUAACGAUCGACCGGAAUGCGGCACGUACGGUUGCCGCGGUAUAGGACACAUAAAAGGACCUAAAUAUUCAACGCAUAAUUCCGCAUCCGGCUGCCCGUAUUCUCCUCAGAAUCUGCACAAAUCGGGGCAGAUGCCCGACAGACUUCUGACCAGACACGAAGCGUGCGAUUUCGAGGAGGAGAUACAGGAAAAAAUAAAACUAGAGAAGACUGACAAGAUAAAGAUGGAGAAGCCUGAGAGGUCUGAGAAACUCUCCUUAUUCUCGGACGAGAGAAUAUUAAUACUUGAGAAAGAGAUUAAGCAGGAAGACGGGGGGGAUUUGUCCGAUAAGAAUGACAAGUCUGAAAAUAGAUCGGAAAAUUCAGAGAAGUCCAACAAGUCCAAGCAUCCGCAUAGCGACGGACAAACGGACGAUGAUGAAGUUUCAAGGAAACAACGGAAGAAAAGGCGUCCAAAUUCGGACGAAACUUUGUUUCCCGUUACUAAUGUUGCGUACAGCGACAUGCAUUGGAAUCCCGUGCCAUAUGCUGCGAACAUACCAGACAAACAGUUGCGUAAAGAGUUAUAUCAGACUGUAUAUAAUCCUGGGUAUAAUCCUUUGCCAAACGCACCGCACAUAUGGGCGAAACAUAGUCCUGCCUUGAAUAGAGUAGUGGGUAGGCAAACUACAAACCCACGACGAUGGUCUAACGAAGAAGUGAUCAAGUUUGUACAGAGUAUGCCUAAUUGUCAAGAGAUUGCAAAUGUUUUUAGACAGCACAAUAUUGAUGGUGAAGCAUUUUUAAUGUUGACGCAAGAGGAUUUAAUGUCGGUAUUACGUCUACGACUUGGACCUGCGAUUAAGUUGUACAAUAGUAUAGUUUUACUACGUCAGAAGGCAUCAUGAAUUUAAGUUACGAUCCAAGCAUGUGUUAAUGACUCACGAAUCAGAAUACGGCAGCUCUUAUGACGAAAUAUAUAUCUAUUUAUUUAUAUAAGAUUAUCGGGAAAAUAUAAAUUUUUGCCAGUGAAUAUUUGAGAGAGCUAACUUUAUAAAUCAAUAUUAAUUAUGUAUAUACAUAUAUCAUGUGUAUACAUAUACAUAUAUACAUAUAUGUAAUAUGAUAAGCAAAUAUUUGUUUGUAAAACAUUAGACACUUCUGAAAUAUUCAUCCAAAUAAUUUCUUGAAAUCGAAUAUUACGAGAGUAAUAUAAUUAUUAAAAAUCGGAAAUUUAUAAUACAUGUUUUAAUUCUAUGAUUUUGUAUGCUGAUUCCGGCAGCUUCUGUAAUAUGACUUAGAAAAGUGCAGAUACUAAGUACUUACAAUCACAUGACGUAACUUUUCGUAUGGAAUGCGUGUAAUGAAUCAUGUACAAAUGUAAAUACAAUUUUAAUUAUUAA